AUGGCCAGCACUGCGCUGCUGGCUGUCUGCUCCACCGGCGCAUUCAGCGGGCUGGCUGUGGAGGCAGGAGCGGGGGUGUGCCACGCCACGCCCAUCUACGCGGGCCACUCGUGGCACGAGGCCACCUUCCGACUGGAGGUGGCAGGCACCACCCUCUCUCGCUACCUGCGGGACCUGCUGGUGGCAGCGUGCCCUGAUCGACUGCUGCAGACCCUACCCCGAAAGGCCAUCACACAGCUCAAGAAGCGCUGCUGCUACGUCUCGCUGGACUUUGAGGGUGACCUCCAUAACCCUGCCCGCCACCAUCCAGCCAGUGUCUGCUUAGGCAAUGGAUGCUCUGUCUACCUCAGCAGCGAGCGCUUCCGCUGCCCUGAACCCAUCUUUCAGCCGGCUCUGCUGGGCCACAUGGAGCCAGGACUGUCGACACUGGCCUUCUGGGCCCUGCGGAAGGUGCCUGAAACACUGCGGAAGAGGCUGGCUGACACUGUGGUGCUGGCCGGUGGCUCCACACUUUUCCCUGGUUUCACUGAGCGCCUGGAGAUGGAGCUACUAGCGCAGUGCCAGAAGCAUGGCUAUGGGGCACUGCAGCCACACCUGGUGGUCAAGCCUGGGCGAGGAACAGCCGUGUGGACCGGUGGCUCCAUGGUGGCUUCACUGCACAACUUCCAACGCCAAUGGAUGACCCGGGCCAUGUACCACGAGUGUGGCUCCAGGCUGGUGCACGAAGUCUUCAACUGAGUCAUGUUGGACUGGAAGGGGUGGUGCCACCAGCGGGCUGCAGAGGCACAGGCUUAGCGGGCUAAGCUGAAGUUCUAUCAAAGGCAUCGAGUGCCAGAUAAAAGUAUCAGGUGA